AUGGGAUUUUCCGGCAAGACCCACCACCAGUUCGACGGCGAAUUUCGUGAAACUUCCGAAGGAAAGAAAUGGGUCAUCUCCGGAAUCACCUUACGUUCGCCGAUGAAGCCGAUUAGCCUCUCCACCUCUGCCGUAGCCGACACGGAAGAUCAAGAACAGUAUCCGACGACUCCAACGGCAGAUUCCUCUAGAAUUCCGACGGUGUUUUUGUGUCCUCCGGCGCCGAAGAAACGAAAACCGUCGUUGAAGUUUAGCUACGGCGGUGCUAGAGAGUUCUUCACUCCACCGGAUCUCGAGACCGUCUUCUUACAGAGAGCUACUUACAGAUACAUUUAG